CAUUAAACUCCAAUCUCAUCAUGCAUGCCCACUUCUGUCUGGUAGUCCUGAUUCUUGUGCUGGCUCUUGAUAGUCAAGUUUAUGCAGGAAGAAUCAUUGGAGGACGAAAGGCUGCACCACACAGCAGGCCUUACAUGGUGCUUGUGCAGACGUGGGACAGUAAAAUGACCUGCGGAGGCUUCCUUCUGAACGAGGACUUUGUCAUGACAGCAGCACACUGCCAAGACAGGUCCUACACAGUCCUCUUAGGACUUCACAAUUUUCAUGAGCAAAACGGGGUCCAGAAAGUGUCAGUGGAACAAGCGUUCCCACAUAAAGACUACAAUCCUACUGAAUACACACAUGACGUAAUGCUUCUUAAGCUGAGCUCCGAGGUGAAAUACAGUGAAAUGGUGAAACCCAUUCCCCUCGCGGGUGGAGAUGACGGCCAUCUGCCACAGUCCUGCUCGGUCGCAGGGUGGGGACGAAACGAACCUAACAGCGAACAUAAUUCUCCCAUCCUCAUGGAGGUCAAUGUCACACUGAUUGAAAAGGAGGUGUGUAAAAAGAGGAUGGUGUACUGCUCCAAAGUACAACCUGGACCACGAGAGGGAGACUCUGGAGGUCCACUGGUGUGUGAAGGGAAAGCAUACGGGGUGGUGUCCGCUGGAGUCCGUGAGGGGGAGAACGGACCACUGCUUUUUUGUACUUACACCAAGAUACCUGACUAUAAAAGCUGGAUCGAUGCAACUGUAAAACGUGCUCGGAAAGCUUCUGUGUAAAUCAUGCUAUUUUGAUUCACAGUUAUUUUUUCAGUUGAUGCUAAACUCGCUUGCAUAUGGAAAAAAAGCUUUAAUGACUUAAAUGAGCCUGCUUUCAAAGUUUGGUCAUCAAAUUGAAUUUAAAUGAGCUGCCUUGCAUAAAUUGUCAGAAGUGACAUGUUAUUUUUUUAUUUUUUUAUUUUUUUUGCUGGAAGAACCAAGAACUUGACUGCUUAGAGGCCAAUCAUGAAAACAGAUUAAUGUGGUUUAAACCAAUAAGCCAACUGUUUUGUGUAUCCAACAAUAUUCCACAUGAGAACAGUUUAUUAAAUGACUGAUUUGUGCAUAUCGGUUUCUAACUGGAUACAAUGAGAAAAAAAAUCUGUUUAAUAUUUACUAUCUUUCAAAAAUAAAC